GGCAGCAGGAGUGUUGUGCACUAAGAAAGGAUAUUUUAGCCUUUUUGAUAUUAAUAUGGUGUGCACUUAACAAUGAUGGGGUGCAAGAAGCACAAACCAUGUGCGAAUUCUGAAGUGGACGCAUUGUGUUUGGGCAAGCCCAAUCAAACCCAAUUUCAUUGUUAACAAAAACCUAGUUUCACCGAGACAAGUAGUGGCGGCAAACUCCAUUAAUAUCGUUGUCACUUUCAUCCAAAUUCCAAAACCCAGACAAGGCUUAAAAGAAGAGAGCACCCUCGUUUCUCCUCCACCCACGUCGCUGGCCAAGAAACACGAAGGCAGAGUGCAGGCCAUUCACGGCGUCUCCUUUCUCCUCCACCGUGACAUCCACCACGUCGCUGGCAGGGGCAGCAGCGCCACCAUCGGACUGCGAUUGACGAACGAUUUCGACAGCCACGACCACCACGAACACAGUGGCGUUGCGUGCAGUGGAGAGAGAGAAUAAUGGAAGAAACAAAGAGAAAGGGAGAAGAAGUGCUAGCAUCAGUUCAUUCCACGGUGUUCAAAGAAUCAGAAAGCCUUGAUGGAAAAUGUGCUAAGAUUGAAGGCUAUGAUUUCAACCGUGGCGUUAACUAUCCGCUGCUACUCAGGUCCAUGGCCACCACUGGGUUUCAGGCUUCGAAUCUCGGUGAUGCCAUCCAAGUAGUUAAUCAAAUGCUAGAUUGGAGGCUAGUUGAUGAAGCCGUGACUGAGGAUUGCAGUGACCAUGAGAGGGACUUGGAGUACCGAAAAUGCGUGACUUGUAAAGUGUUUCUGGGUUUCACUUCUAAUCUUAUUUCCUCUGGUGUUAGAGACAUUGUUCGGUUUCUUCUUCAGCAUCGCAUGGUUGAUGUAGUUGUUACAACUACAGGUGGCAUUGAAGAAGAUCUUAUAAAGUGCCUUGCACCAACAUUUAUAGGAGAUUUCUCUCUGCCUGGGGCGUAUCUACGCUCAAAAGGGUUGAAUCGGAUUGGUAAUUUGUUGGUCCCUAAUGACAACUACUGCAAAUUUGAGGACUGGAUUAUUCCUAUUUUCGAUCAGAUGUUAAAGGAACAAAACACUGAGAAUGUGUUAUGGACACCAUCUAAGUUAAUAGCUCGGUUGGGGAAAGAAAUAAACAACGAAAGCUCUUACCUUUACUGGGCGUACAAGAACAACAUUCCUGUUUUUUGUCCGGGAUUAACUGAUGGCUCGUUGGGGGAUAUGCUGUACUUCCAUUCCUUCCGCAAUCCUGGUCUGAUUCUGGACGUAGUGCAAGAUAUAAGGGCAAUGAAUGGUGAAGCUGUUCAUGCAAGUCCCAGGAAGACGGGAAUGAUCAUUUUAGGAGGUGGCCUUCCAAAACAUCACAUUUGCAAUGCCAAUAUGAUGCGUAAUGGGGCAGACUAUGCUGUUUUUAUCAAUACUGCACAAGAAUAUGAUGGUAGUGAUUCUGGAGCUCGUCCUGAUGAGGCUGUUUCAUGGGGAAAAAUACGUGGAUCUGCUAAAACUGUUAAGGUCCAUUGUGAUGCAACGAUAGCAUUCCCUCUGCUGGUUGCUGAAACUUUUGCUUCAAGAGUUAAACCUCACCAUUGAUGGAGCCUAAAGACGAAUUCACUCUCAAGUUUGAUUUAGUUGUUUCUUGAUUGACGAUAUUGAAGUUUCAGUUCGCUGUGGAUGCUUAACAUGGCAAUCAUUUGAUUCUUCUGCUGUACAUAGCAGAGGACAAUGCAGGCCUUUUCAACCAUUCCAAAGUUAUCCACUGAUCUUGACAGUGUGGAAGUCGGGAUUUGUAGAUGUAGUUAUAAUUUUUCACUGGAGAUGAUUGUACUACUAUAGUGUUUAGGUCAAAUAAAUCUUGAAAAACUAACUGAUCUCGUACGUUAUUUAUAAUUUUUUCAAACUGGUGGCUGUAUUACAGGUUGGUGAAAAGUUAUGACAGUACACAACUAAUUUCUGCUAA